CCGAGCCCCUUGCCAGCCGCGUCUGGGCGGCGCUAGGCCCCGGCGAGGGGGGGCGGCCCCGAGCCCCAAGCCCUGGAGGCGGGAGCAGGAUGAGCCAGCCGCCGGCCGAGAAAAUGUCUGGCACGUCGGAGGUAGUGCCGUGGGACUGGGCCUUCGAGAACCGCCAGCGGCUGCUGGAGGCUCUGCUCUGGGACCCCCGCUCCCCCAUCUACGUGGAGAGCCUCCUGGAUGGCAUAACUUCCUUGUUCUUUGAUUUGGAUUUUCCUGCUCUGAGGAAAAACAAGAAUAUAGAAAAUUUCUUAAUUAGAUAUGAAAAAACUGUGACAAAAAUUAGAUGCCUACAGAUGAAGGCAGAAGAUUUUGAUGUUAUUAAAGUUAUUGGAAGAGGUGCUUUUGGUGAAGUUCAGUUGGUUCGUCAUAAAGCAUCACAAAAUGUUUAUGCCAUGAAGCUUCUUAGUAAAUUUGAAAUGAUAAAAAGAUCAGAUUCUGCUUUCUUUUGGGAAGAACGAGAUAUCAUGGCUUUUGCCAAUAGUCCCUGGAUUGUUCAGCUCUUUUGUGCCUUUCAAGAUGAUAGAUAUCUUUAUAUGGUAAUGGAAUACAUGCCUGGUGGAGACCUUGUAAAUCUUAUGAGUAACUAUGAUGUACCUGAAAAAUGGGCCAAAUUUUAUACAGCUGAAGUUGUUCUGGCUUUGGAUGCAAUACACUCCAUGGGUUUAAUACACAGAGAUGUGAAGCCCGACAACAUGCUUUUAGAUAAAAAUGGACAUCUGAAAUUAGCAGAUUUUGGCACUUGUAUGAAAAUGGAUGAAACAGGAAUGGUACGUUGUGAUACAGCAGUUGGAACACCUGAUUAUAUAUCACCUGAAGUUCUGAAGUCACAAGGUGGUGAUGGCUACUAUGGACGAGAGUGUGAUUGGUGGUCUGUGGGUGUUUUCCUUUUUGAGAUGCUUGUUGGGGACACUCCAUUUUAUGCAGAUUCACUUGUGGGAACAUAUAGUAAAAUCAUGGAUCAUAAAAAUUCACUAAAUUUUCCAGAAGAUGCAGAAAUAUCCAAGCAUGCAAAGAAUCUCAUAUGUGCUUUCUUGACUGAUAGGGAGGUGCGACUUGGGAGAAAUGGGGUAGAAGAAAUCAAACAGCACUCUUUCUUUAAAAGUGAUCAGUGGAAUUGGGAUAACAUAAGAGAAACUGCAGCUCCAGUAGUACCUGAACUCAGCAGUGACAUAGAUAGCAGCAAUUUUGAUGACAUUGAAGAUGAUAAAGGAGAUGUGGAAACCUUUCCAAUUCCUAAAGCCUUUGUGGGAAAUCAACUGCCUUUUAUAGGUUUUACCUAUUAUAGCGAAAAUUUGUUAUUAGGUGAUGCUCCUUCUUCCAGUACAGAAAAUGAUUCAGUACAAUCAAGGAAAAAUGAGCAAUCUGUACAGAUUCAAAAAAAACUAUAUUUAUUAGAAGAACACCUCAAAAAUGAGAUACAAGCCAAAGAGGAUCUGGACCAGAAGUGCAAAUUGGUUAGCACUCGACUAGAGAAGAUAACAAAAGAACUAGAAGAAGAGGUAACCUCAAGAAAGAAUGUAGAAUCUACAUUAAGACAAUUGGAAAGAGAGAAGGCUCUUCUUCAACACAAAAAUACAGAAUAUCAGCGGAAGGCAGAACAUGAAGCAGACAAAAAACGGAAUCUGGAAAAUGAUGUUAACAGUUUGAAAGAUCAGCUUGAAGAUUUGAAAAAAAGAAAUCAAAACUCUCAAAUAUCUAAUGAACAAGUCAAUCAGCUCCAAAGACAAUUGGAUGAAGCCAAUGCUUUGCUGCGAACUGAGUCUGAUACUGCAGCCAGGUUACGGAAAAACCAGACAGAAAGUUCAAAACAAAUUCAGCAGCUGGAAUCUAAUAAUAGGGAGUUACAAGACAAAAAUUGCAUGCUAGAGAAUGCUAAACUGAAACUUGAAAAGGACUUCAUCAAUCUUCAGUCAGCUCUAGAAUCAGAACGGAGAGAUAGAACCCAUGGAUCUGAGAUGAUUAAUGAUUUACAAGGUAGAAUAUCUGGUUUGGAAGAAGAUAUUAAAAAUGGUAAAAUUUCAUUAGCAAAAAUGGAAUUAGAGAAGAGACAACUACAGGAGAGAUUUACAGAUUUAGAAAAGGAAAAAAGUAAUAUGGAAAUAGACAUGACAUACAAACUGAAAGUUAUACAACAAAGCUUGGAACAGGAAGAAGCAGAACAUAAAGCUACAAAAGCACGGUUAGCAGAUAAGAAUAAGAUAUAUGAAUCUAUCGAGGAGGCUAAGUCUGAAGCUAUGAAGGAAAUGGAGAAGAAACUCCUAGAGGAAAGAACUUUAAAGCAAAAGGUGGAAAACCUUCUCUUGGAAGCCGAAAAAAGAUGUUCACUGUUAGACUGUGAUCUCAAACAGUCCCAACAGAAAGUCAACGAACUCUUAAAACAGAAGGACAAACUGAAUGAAGAUGUCAGGAAUUUGACCUUAAAAAUAGAACAAGAAACACAAAAGCGCUGCCUCACACAAAAUGACCUGAAGAUGCAAACACAACAAGUCAACACACUGAAAAUGUCUGAAAAACAAAUGAAACAAGAAAAUAAUCAUCUUAUGGAAAUCAAAAUGAGUCUGGAAAAGCAAAAUAUUGAACUUCGGAAAGAACGGCAAGAUGCAGAUGGACAAAUGAAAGAGCUCCAAGAUCAGCUUGAAGCAGAACAAUAUUUCUCAACUCUGUAUAAAACACAAGUUCGAGAGCUUAAAGAAGAAUGUCAAGAGAAGACCAAGCUUUGCAAAGAAAUGCAGCAGAAGAGCCAGGAAUUACAGGAUGAAAGGGACUCCUUGGCUGCGCAACUUGAGAUCACCUUGACAAAAGCUGAUUCAGAACAGCUAGCUCGUUCUAUUGCUGAAGAGCAGUAUUCUGAUUUGGAAAAAGAAAAGAUCAUGAAAGAGUUGGAAAUUAAAGAGAUGAUGGCGCGACACAAACAAGAACUUGCAGAAAAAGAUGCUACAAUAGCAUCUCUUGAGGAGGCUAAUAGGACACUAACUAGUGAUGUGGCUAAUCUUGCAAAUGAGAAGGAAGAACUGAAUAAUAAAGUUAAGGAAGUCCAAGAGCAAAUCUCAAGGUUGAAAGAUGAAGAAACAAAUAUAUCAGUUAUUAAAACACAAUUUGAGAAACAACUAUUAAAUGAGAGAACACUGAAAACUCAGGCUGUGAAUAAAUUGGCUGAGAUUAUGAAUCGAAAAGAACCUCCCAGGCGUGGUGCUGACACAGAUGUGAGAAGGAAAGAGAAGGAGAACAGAAAGCUGCAUAUGGAACUAAAAUCAGAACGUGAAAAAUUAACUCAGCAAAUGAUCAAAUAUCAGAAAGAAUUAAAUGAAAUGCAAGCUCAAAUAGCUGAAGAAAGCCAAAUUCGAAUUGAAUUGCAAAUGACGCUGGACAGUAAAGACAGUGAUAUUGAACAGCUUCGAUCACAACUCCAGGCCUUGCAUAUUGGCCUGGAUAGUUCCAGUAUAGGCAGUGGACCAGGAGAAGCUGAGGCAGAUGAUGGGUUCCCAGGUACAGAAUCAAGAUUAGAGGGAUGGCUUUCAUUGCCCGUACGAAACAAUACAAAGAAGUUUGGAUGGGUUAAAAAGUAUGUAAUUGUAAGCAGCAAGAAGAUUCUUUUCUAUGAUAGUGAACAAGAUAAAGAACAGUCUAAUCCCUACAUGGUGUUAGAUAUAGACAAGUUGUUCCAUGUCAGGCCAGUCACACAGACAGAUGUUUAUAGAGCUGAUUCCAAAGAGAUUCCAAGGAUAUUCCAGAUUCUGUAUGCUAAUGAAGGGGAAAGCAAAAAAGAACAAGAAUUUCCCGUGGAACCAGUUGGGGAGAAGUCAAACUGCAUCUGUCACAAAGGACAUGAAUUUAUUCCCACUCUUUAUCAUUUCCCAACUAACUGUGAAGCCUGUAUGAAGCCACUUUGGCACAUGUUUAAACCUCCACCUGCUCUUGAAUGCCGCCGCUGCCAUAUCAAAUGCCAUAAAGACCACAUGGACAAAAAGGAGGAAAUCAUAGCACCUUGCAAAGUAUACUAUGACAUUUCAUCGGCAAAGAAUCUGCUGUUAUUAGCUAAUUCUACAGAGGACCAGCAGAAGUGGGUUAGUCGGUUAAUAAAAAAGAUACCUAAGAAACCCCCAGCACCAGAUCCUUUUGCUCGAUCAUCUCCUAGAACUUCUAUGAAGGUACAGCCUAACCAAUCUAUAAGACGGCCAAGUCGACAGCUUCCUCCAAGCAAACCAAGCUAACUGCCUUCUGUGAAUGCAGUCACUAUCCAUGGUGAUCAUUUUCUGCCUGUUAUGGACAAGACUGAAAUGUCAUUUCCCCAAAUUUAUUAAAUGAAAGAAAGAAGCUAUAUUUUCCUGAGAGAUUAAGAUAUAUAU